CCCUUGCCCUGCCAGUUUCUGGAUGCCAAGCACCUCCUGCUCAUGAAGCUGAUGAAUGCGUGAAGAAGAAGCUGACCAGGAGAGGGACUCUUAAGCAGCUGCUAAGAUGGGCAUGAGGAUCAAGUUGCACAGCACCAAUCACCCCAACAACCUGCUGAAGGAACUCAACAAGUGCAGGCUCUCCGAGACCAUGUGCGACGUCACCAUUUUGGUGGGCACCCGCUCAUUUGCUGCACAUAAGGCUGUUCUGGCCUGUGCUGCAGGCUACUUCCAGAACCUCUUUCUGAACACGGGGCUGGAUGCUGCUAGGACCUAUGUAGUGGAUUUCAUCACGCCGGCCAACUUUGAGAAGAUCCUUAGCUUUGUGUACACCUCGGAGCUCUUCACAGACCUGAUCAAUGUCGGCGUCAUUUAUGAGGUAGCAGAGCGGCUGGGCAUGGAAGAUCUGCUGAAGGCCUGCCAUUCAACCUUCCCUGACUUGGAGAGCUCAGCUAUCACAAAGCAACCCUCCCUGUCCAUGAGUGAAGGCCGAUCAGGUCCUCUGAGCAGCACCUCCUCGGAGCAGAGCCAUUCUUUGGGUGAAAUCCGGAGUGGCGGGGAACAUUUUGGCCCUGAACGGAAUUACAUCUUACAUGGGGAAGUGGCAGGCAGCUACAAAGAGGAUGACAGGAAUACCGUGAGUGAAGCCAACCAGACUCUUCCCCUGAUGCAUCCGCAGCAGCCUCCCAAGACAGAACAGGAAUCGGAUCAAGGGCAGUUCGCUCCUGCCGCAAGUAUGGCGACCCAGCCCAGCCUGGGCGGUGUGAACAUCGUUGUUCAAACCACCGCAAGCUCCUGCCAGCAGUACAAGGUCCAGAGCAAUGGUGACUACGGCAAGGGUGGCUUCUUCACAGCUGAUCCUUCCGUGGACAUCUCCACGGGGAGUAACUCCUGUCCCAGCAACAGUGACCACUCCAAAGAGCAAGGUUUUGGGCAGAUGGAUGAGCUUCAGCUGGAGGAUUUGGGCGAGGAUGAACUGCAUUUCGAAGAUGCCAGUGAAGAACUGGGCCCAUCAGAAGAAGUUAUUGAGCUGAGCGAUGACAGUGAAGAAGAGCUGGCCUUUGAGAACGACAGCCGGGAUAGCAAGGCAAUGCCCUGCCAGGUGUGCAAGAAGGUCUUGGAGCCCAACAUCCAGCUGAUCCGCCAGCACGCGAGAGAUCACGUUGAUCUGCUCACCGGGAACUGCAAGGUCUGUGAAACCCACUUCCAGGACCGGAACUCCAGGGUCACUCAUGUUUUGUCCCACAUCGGCAUCUUUCUAUUCUCUUGCGACAUGUGCGAGACCAAGUUCUUCACCCAGUGGCAGCUGACCCUCCACCGACGAGAAGGGGUCUUUGACAACAACAUCAUCGUCCACCCCAGUGACCCGCUGCCGGGGAAGAUCACCAUGUUUGGGGGAGGGCCUGGCUCAGACCUGGCGUGCGCUGCCUGUGGGAAGCCUUUGGCCAAAGAUUUCCACACCGUCCGCAACCAUAUCCUGGACCACGUGAACUUGAAAAGCCAGACGUGCGGCGUGUGUGACCAGAGGCACCUCAGUCUCUGCAGCCUGAUGUGGCACACCCUGUCUCACUUGGGGAUCUCAGUCUUCUCCUGCUCUGUUUGUGCCAACAGCUUUGUGGAUCGGCACCUCCUGGAGAAGCACUUGGCUGUUCACCAGAACAUGGAGGAGGCUCUCUUCCGCUGCCACUUCUGUGGCCAGAGCUUCAAGCUGGAAGCAGCGUAUCGUUACCACGUCAGCCAGCACAAGUGUGGGGGCAGCCUGGACAUCCGACCCAGCUUUCGAGACCGUCUCCAGCAUCAGGGCCUGCAGAAGAGGAAGCUGCCGGACGAGUUCCUGAGCGAAGACUUGGCGCUGCAAAACCAGCCAGGCAACAGCAAGUACAGCUGCAAGGUCUGCGGGAAGCGGUUUGCUCACACCAGUGAAUUCAACUAUCACAGAAGGAUCCACACUGGAGAAAAGCCCUACCAGUGCAAGGUGUGCCACAAGUUCUUCCGCGGCCGCUCCACCAUUAAGUGCCACCUGCGGACCCACUCGGGAGCCCUCAUGUACCGCUGUACUGUGUGUGGGCAUUACAGCUCCACGCUCAACCUCAUGAGCAAGCACAUAGGCGUGCACAAAGGCAGCCUCCCCCCGGACUUCACCAUCGAACAGACUUUCAUGUAUAUCAUCCAUUCCAAAGAUGCGGAGAAAAACACGGACAGCUGAUGGGGUGAGGCAGGGCAGGGCCAGCAAAGGAGCAAAUGCUAAUUACAGAAGCUGUGGAAAAAAUGUCGUUUAUUUUAUUUAAUGGUCAGGCAUCAUGGAUGGAAUCCUCCUUUUCUAUUUUUUUAAAUUUCUUUUUGGCCUUGCUAGGGCUUUUUAGAUUGGUGGCAUUGUACAAAUUAACAGCACGUAAGCUACAUCACUGUUUCCAAGAAGUCUGUCGUGUUUACUUACCUCUGGUCCUGUUAGAGGCCAUCGAGUUCUGUGUUUUUAGCAUUUCUCACUAGGUUUGGAAUCUAGAUUAUUUUUUUUUUAACCUUUUAGCCCACUUGACUAGGCUAACUCUCAGUUUGAGCUUGUCCACAAACUGAUGCUGCUAAGAUUUUUCACACCUGACCUCAGUAGAGAGGGACAGAGCCAGAGCAGGAUGGUGCUGGACUUGAAGAAAAGGAAAAACAAAAAAGAAAAAAGGAAAAACAGACUCAUUCUGGGCAUCACUGGGGUUCUGCUGCUAUUGCAAGGAGAUAAGCAAAGUCCGUGUCACAGAAUCAGCUUUGGAAGUCGUUGCUCUGUUGCAGGGGAGAUGAGCAAGCAGCAUGUGAGUGUGCACAUGCAAAUGAGGAGGGAUACCUGGCGGUAAAUGAGUAGGAGGGUGAUUGUCGCUCGCAAGGGUAUUUCCCAGGCAGUGCCACUGGUCUCUGGGAGCCCUGCCUGAGCCGGGAAUGUGGCUGGCAGUUUCUCUGCCAUGCCCAUGACAUGCCGCUCGCUCAUGCCCCGAGACCCCAUCUCCGAAGGAGGAGAUGAAGGGGUGACACCACCUCUCUGAAGAGCCCGAGCAGCGGGUCAGCUGCGUGGAAGGAAAGAGGUGGAUGCGUGAGCAGGGGGAGCUGUCAAGAGGAGUCGCUGACCUGGAGAGGGCAGGGGAAGCAGGUUCGUGUUGUGGGGUUGACUGCUCCUUGGGAGAUAUAUUGUGAUGGCACGGUCAUGCCUAACUUCUGCUGCCCUGCAGUUGGCCAUCGAGAGCGUGCUGACCUCUCCUCAGCUCUCCUCUGCCGCCGGCAGCCAUGCACAUCGUGCUCUGCCAGCACGGUGUGUCCCAGGGCUGCCAGUUGCUGGAAGCGCUGGCUGCCAGAGAGCGGCGUCGCUGCGGCUGUGUGGAUCCCAGCAAGACAAGAUGUGAUGAAGCUGUUGCCUUAACUCCCAGGAAGGUACCUUUGAGGACUCUUCUCUCUGCUGAAGGGAUAGCCCCCUCCCGUGGUUGCCGUCGUGGCUCACUGCAUCCCGGACAAGUCUCGUGGCAAAUGUGUGUUGCAGGAUGUUGUUAGUGCGAUGUGAGUUCAUUCAUCUUUUGUCGAAUCCUGCCGUAAAUUCAGCAGGCGCCGUCUGGGGGCUGCGGCAGAGCAGCUCUGGGAGCCAGCAGCAAUAGCAGCUGAUGUGAACCUCAGCUCAGCCUCUCCUGGACGCGCGUCGCAUGUGCACUGGGGGCUCCUCGGCGCGGUGGGCUCUCCCGGCUGCACUGGCGAGGUCAGCCCCAUGCCGGCAGUGUUUACACCAGGAAGGGUGGGGAUCGGCUUUUUCCCAUGUUAUCCUGCUGUGGGGCAGAGGUGGAGAGGAACAAAUAUUUCCGAUGCCGCAGCAUGAGUUAUGACUGCCCUUAGGUAACUCAUUCUACCUCACAAACAGGAAGCGCUCAGGGCUUUCAAGCCACAGUCGUAGUAAAUUGGCUCCUGCGCUUCUGUAAAGAUAUGCUGUUACAAAACAAAACUAGUGAUUUGCAAACCCUGUAAACUCAUCCCGCUUUCUCCUCCUCUUGAAGGGACAACCCGCAACAGAGGAGAGGCAUGGGCUGAAUGUGUGGUUGGUGAGCUAGGAAUUCCUGGGGGUUGCUUCCCCCGUUCCGCUGUGGCCUUGGGCAAGUCACUUCACCUCUUUGCCUCAGUUUCCUCAUCUGUAAAAUGAGGGUGGUAACACUUGUGGUACCUACCUACCUCCCGGGAGUGUGGUGAAGAUUGCUGGCUCAUACCUGCAAAGCGUGUGGGAGAUGCAAAGUGCUUGGUGAAUAUUGAUGUUUAGUGUCCUAGGGAAAUGACAGCCUCCAUCCUUUCCUGUUCUGUACCAGUUACUGGACCUGGUCAGGUCAGUUUAGUCCUGUUACAGCCUUCCUCGUUGCAAGCAAACUUACCUUUAGCCCCGUCCCCAUCACAGUCCUGUGAAACGAGCUCUGUAGCAAUGUAAGAAGUGGGGGGUGGCUCAGUGCCGCUGUGUCUGCCGAGGGGCUGUGGGAAGCAGCACUGGGGAGCGGGAAGCAGGGAUGUGUGUGCUGAGGGGUAGUGGCGCUGUAAUGUCCCCUGGGCUUUGCAGAGCACGUCUCCCCAUCGGCUGGGCGCAUUGCUGUUGGGAGCAGGAGGAGUUUGCGUCCUGGGGAGAGGGGAGCUGGAGGGUGCAGAGGUGUGCAGCUGCUGGAAGCCCCUGCCCUUCAGCUCCAUCCAUCCUUCUAUCCCUGUGGUUUGCUUGUAAAGCUGCGUUUCCACCGCGGCACCUCCUGGUCCAGGUCCAGACUUGCUGUGACGGGGGAAGAGAAAAGAGUCAGUGCUGA